AUGCUUCCUAGCAGUGCCGUGCGCGAGCUUCUCAAGACUCGUCGGCUACAGCCGGCGGACGUAGCAGGGGGGCCCGCAUGUCUCCUCCCACUCCUCCGCGCGCAGCCCCACCUCGCCCCGCGCAUCAUCUCCGCCCUCCUCACUUUCUGCGCUCCCCCCCAGGAGGGGAGAUGGGGGGAAGGGCGGGAGGUCAGGCGGGAUCGGGGACGAGGCUCUUGGGGGGAGGGCGCGGGGGAAGGAGGAGCAGGAGGGGUAGACGAGGGUGGUGGCGACGCUGCUUUCUUAGACGAGGCAGUAGAAGCGGUUAUGGCUUUAAGCGGUGGUCGCGUGGGCUUUAAUCUCGAUCUGGAUUCUCUAGCCAUGGUGAAAGAAGCCUAUUCUGGUGCUGCGGAUUGGAUUCUCUGGGCGGCAUGCGGAUCCGAUCCAGAAUCCACACUGGCGGCUCUCGGCCAAUCAGGAACGUCGGGGGCAGAGCCCGUGCUGGCCGCGGUUGCUGCGGAAUGGCAGCAGAAAAUAGUUUUCGCUGCCCGGCUGGAGGAGGAACGGAGUGGAGGCGCAGCAGGGUGGGGGGGUUCUGGGUUUGGGUUUGGAAGCGGGAGAAGCGGGGGCGGAGGGGGAGGGGGAGGCGGAGGGGGAGGAGGGAGAGGCGGGACAGCGGGAAGCAGUAUGAGCUCGCUGCUAGGUUCCCUCACAGGGGGUGUGGGGGGGUCGGGAGGGUGGAUGAGCGGUAACGAUGGGUUCAGAGGAUCUUCCUCCUUCUCGUCCUCCCCCUCCUCUUCCUCCUCCGCAGCGUUAUCAGCAGCAGCGCGGUUGCGAGCAGCGAAGAACGAGGCAGCAGCAGCAACUGAGAGGUUCUCGGAGAUGUUUCUGAGACUGGCCAGCACCAGUGAAGGGCUGCUGCACCUUGUCUCGUCCGUGCUCACCAGGAAAAGCCCUAUCCCCGUUACUGCCCGCCCUGAUACAGUGCCAUCGGGGUUCCAUCCGACCAACAUUACCAUUACUCCUACUGCUUCUUCUGCCCUUACAGCCGCUGCCCCUACUGGUCCCGUCUCUGCUCCUGGAUCUUCCCAUGCACUCUCUUCUUCGGCUCCUGUGGGAUUAGGAUCACUGCUCAACCCAGCAGCAGGGUCGUCUCUCCCAGCAUUGUCACAUCCCGCAGCAUCACCUCCCUUAGUGUCACCUCCCCCAGCCUCACCUCCCUCUACCACCGCUGCUGCUGCAUCCGCCAGUCUGUUGGAAGCUCUGGUGGCAAACGAGGAGGGUAUUAAAGAGGACUCCAUGCUCGUAGCCCACCGCCUUCUCUACAAGCUCCUAGGCGACCCGGGCUUUAAGUACCAAUUCGCCCUUGCGUUCGUUGCUAACUACUCGGCCUUCGUGCUGGGGAGUGGGGGGAGAGGGGACGGGGAGGAGGGCGGGGGAAGGUGGGGGGGAGGGGGUGCGCGGGGGAGCGGAGGGCGGAGGGGAAGAGGAGCGGCGGGGAGUGGGAGUGCAGGGAAUAGGGUAUCGGUUCUGGAGAGCUUUUCGGUGCAGAUUCUUACGGUGCCGGUGCUGACGCCCAGGCUCGUGGUGGAGGCUCGGCUGCUGGAUAUCCUGCUGGGUACCCUGCAGAGCAUGCUGCAGGGGGCGCUGGGACGAGACGGGCGCAUCAAUUUAUCCCGAGAGGAGGUGCACAACGGGCGAGUGACCGACGAUAUUCGCUACGUCCUCUCCCACUCCGCCUCCUCCCGCCACGUCACCGCCCGCCGCCCGGACCUGCUGCGCGCGUGGCUGCGCCAGUUGGCGGCCGCCCAAGGCAUGUGUCCACACGUGCGGCGCACAACCACCCACGUGGCAAUAGAGCCGGACGAUUGGAGCUUCGCGUACCUGUUAGAAGCACAGCUGGCGACGGUCAACCCGCUGCUCGCCGAAGCUAGCGCCGUGCCUGAGCUGGAGGCUCGGAAGGAGGGUCGGCAGGUGGAGGGAGGGUCGGCAGGGGAGAAAGGGGGAGGAGAGAAGGUAGGGGAGAAGGCGGCUGAAGGGGGAGGGUUUCCGGGGCACGCACACAUACCUGCCGCCCCGAGCCUGCGAGGUUCGGCAGGUGGCGGCGAGGUUCGGCGUGCCUCCGGCGCUGGUGCGGCUGCUGCACGAGUGUGCGUGGGUGCUGGCACGGUGGGUGGCAGUGGAGGGAUUGAGAUCUCUGGGGACGAACUGAAGAGCCUUGCUUCCGAGGCAGCUGCUGCUGCUGCUGCAGAGAGGGCGGGUGGAGGAGGAGGGGCUGUGGGUGGUCGAAGCAGCAUAGCAGGUGACGCUGGGGAAGCAGGAGCAGUAGGAGGAGGAGGAAGAGGAGCAGGAGGCGGAGGGGGAGGGGCAGCAGGAGGCAGCGGCGCCAGUCCAGUGGGGCGAGCAGGGAGGUUCCUAUCAGGCAUGGCCGCAGCAGCAGGGGCGGCAGCUGCUGCUGUGGGCGGCAGAACCACAAGAGCAGGCAGUCCGGGCGCUAGAGGGGGAAGUCCAGGGGGAUUGGGGCAAGAGAGAGUGGCGACAGCAGGAGCAGAGGCAGUGCCUGCGCUUGGGCUUGACGCGUUGGGGAGAGGGGGAGGGGAAGGAGGUGUGGGAGGAGCAGAAGCGGGAGGGGGUGCUGGGUUAGGAGCGGGUGCAGGGCUGGGUAGAGUGGGUUUGAGAGAGGUGGAAGGGAGUGCUGCUGCUGCGAUUGUUCCUGCUCCUGCUGCUGCUCCUGCUGCUGCUGCUGCUGCUGCUGCUGGUGGCACAGGAAGGGGAGGGGAGGAGCACGCAAGACAGGAGGGGGAGGACAUGACCCACACGCAGAGGGGCCACAUGGGGAUCUUAAGCAACUGGCUCAGAAGGGCGUCUAGGUUCAGGGCGACAGGGGGAGAAGGGGCACAGGGAACCCAGGGCAGGCAUGCAGGGGCAGGUGAAGCAGCAGGCGCAGAGGCAGCAUGGGCAGACGUAGGGGUAGGUGCAGAGGCAGGAGGGGCAGAAGGAGGGGAAGCAGCGGCAACAGCCAUGCAGACAGAUUCGUUGGCAGCAACAGAGGCAGCGACUCUCUCUACUGCGCACCCCCCCUCCGCCGCCCCCCCUCUCUCCGCUGCUGCUGCUGGUGCCCUCAGUGCACUGAGCAGCCCCUGCUGGUGGGUGGGGCGGCAGCAGCUGUCGCUUCUUGAGGGGCUGCUGCCGUUCCCUCCCCCCCGGGUUGAACCAGGGGACUUGGCAGGGGGGAACUCGCCACAGGAGGGGGCUUGGGCAGAGGAAUUUGCUGCAAAAGGGGCAAGAGAAGGGCCAGGGGCAGUUUUGGGGGCAGGGGCAGUUUUAGGGGCGGGGGCAGUAGCAGGGGCGGGGGAACGCUGUAUUACCAUGGCUACGGAGGGGUGGGAGGCGAGUUCUAUGUCCAAGGGGGCUGUGCGUGGGGCUGUGCGUGGGGCUGUGCGUGGGGCUGUGCGUGGGGCUGAGAGUGUGCUGGAGUGGCCAGUGGUGGAGUACGAUGUGGCGCGGCAGGAGGUGUCGUUUCACCUGCCUCUGCACCGCAUGCUCGCACUGCUCCUGCACUCCCUGCUGCGCCUCUCCUGCCCCGUGCCCGACCCACCAGGCGACGCACAUGGGGACUCAGAGCAGAGGGUUGGGAACGAAGGGAUGGUGGAGGGCUCACGGGAUGCAAGGGAGGAGAGAUGGAGGGAGAGAGAGGCGGCAGAGCUGUGCUUGCUGCGCCUGCUGCCCAGUAAGCUCCAGAGAGGAAGCUUCCUCGCAGCUGUGGCUGAGCACGGGCUGCGAGUGCAAGUGCUGUGCGCGCAGAUAUCAGCGGGCAUGUGGAGGAGGAACGGGCAAUCCAUGGUGGCUCUCUGCGACCUCUACCACUCCGUGCACUGGUCAGUCGUUUCUGCCGCCUCUCUCUGUGCUCCUCCUCUCUCUCUCUGUGCUCCUCCUCUCUCUGUGCUCCUCCUCUCUCUCUGUGCUCCUCCUCUCUCUGUGCUCCUCCUCUCUCUGUGCUCCUCCUCUCUCUGUGCUCCUCCUCUCUCUGUGCUCCUCCUCUCUCUCUGUGCUCCUCCUCGCUCUCUCUGCUCCCCUCACCCCUCGCUAUGUGCUUUUGCCACCUCUCUCUCUGCGACCUCUACCACUCUGUGCACUGGUCAGUCUAGUCAUUGGUGUGAGGACAGCCUCGAGUUGGACCUCUUCCUGUUGCAGUGCACUGCUGUCUCUGCUCCUCCUGACGCCUUUGUGCGCCAGGUUGUAGCGCGCUACAGCCUCACCAGCUACUUCUCUCUCACAGUUGGGACGGCCUCAGACAUCAUCACCUCCUCUUCCACCCUCUCUUCCUCUCUCCCCUCUUUCCUUCCCGACACCGCCCAACAACAGGUACGAGCCUGCAAUGAGGUGACUUUUGAGUCGACUCAAAAGUCACCGCCCAACUUCAGGCACGAGCCUGCAGUGGCGCAGGACUGCAUGGCGUUCCUCAUCCGCCUCAUCUCAGAGCGAUCCUUCUCCGGCCUCCCCCCCACUGUGGCGCUCCGGAGGGAGGUAGUCCAGCGCCUAGCCAUCGGAAACGCCACCCUCCCUCUCCACCCCUUCCCAUCCCCUCCUCCCUUUUUUUGUCCUGACACCCGCACACCUCCUGUUUCUCACCGCCUGCCUUCCACCCCCUGUCCCCCUUCCCGUCCCUCCUCUCCAUUCCCCACCGUACAGGUAGUGCAGCGCCUAGCCAUCGGCAACGCCACCCGCAGCAGCGUUGUCAAAUCUCUCCCCCCCCGCUUCGCCGAAAACCCCGCCAUCCCCGUUGUUCUCGCCGCUGUCGCGGAUUAUUCCCGGCCCUCGGGUAUGGAGCAGGGCCGGUACUUACUUAAAAGAGACUGUUACAGGGAGCUGGAUUUGUACUGCCUAAGAUGGGCGCCUAGGGAGUUGCAGCGAGCGGAAGAGAGGUAUGCGGAGGCGGUUAAGAGAUCGGCGGUUGUGGAGCAGACGCCGAGGUGGCGCGAUCCUGUCCGUCCGUUGAUGGGCCUGCGGGAGAUCGCCACGUCAGCAGGCGUGCAUGACGUGGUGUUGUCGGUGGUGCUGCACGCGUGGUGGGACGAGGAGGGGCGGGAGAUGAGCUACAGAGAAGCCAGAGGUAGCAACGGUGCCGGCAUUGGGAGUGGGAGUGGGAGUGGUGGUGGCGGUGGUGCUAGUGGGAGUGCAGGUAGUGGGAGUGGGAAUGGGAGUGGGUUGUCUCGUGCGCCUGAUAUUGUGCUGCAUGCCGCGCUGCAUCUGCUGGCAUUGGCUCUUGACACUUGCGUGGCGUGGCAGGAAGCCGAGGAGAAGAAGGGGCGGGAAGGACAGAGAGGGCAGGGAGGAGACGAGGAAGAGCAGGGAGAGAAGGUGGGGAGAGAGGGUGGUGAGGAGGAGGGGAUGCGGAUGGAUGUGGAUGGGCGUGUGGGAGGGGAUGCGAGCGGCGGUUGGAGUGAAGGAAGAGAAGCAAGAGGGGGAGGAGAAGGAAGGGAAGGAGAAGGAAGGGAAGGAGAAGCGGGUUCAGGCUCAGGCAUGGAAGUGGAAGGGGCGGACUGGAUGGCUGGUGAUGCACGUGGUCAUGUUGACCAUGCAGCUGUGCAGAAGAGACACUCCUGGCCACCGGCCCUCCUGUCCCGAGCAUGCCAGCCAUUCGAAGCCCGGUUACCAGACAACAGCAGCAGCAGCGGCAGCGGCAGUGGCAGCAGUAGCACGGCCGCGGGGCUGUUCGCCCUGCUGCCAGGAGCGACCCUCUCGACCCUCUCGUCCUCUCACUGGUUCCGCGCGUCCCAUGCUGCCCCGGUGUCCCUGCUUGCGCUCCUCGUGCGCCUCCUGCGGUGCUGGCAGCGCCAGGCAGGGACGACGCACGGCACGGCUGCUGCUGCUGGUAGUGAAGGGAUGGUGUUAGUGGCCGGGAAUGAGAGUAGGGGGAGGGAAGGCGAGGAGGGUAGAAGCACAGCAGUUGGGGAGAGGUCGGGCGGGGCAGGAAGGGGAGGGGGAGGGGAGGGGCGGGCGGAGCUGCAUGUUCUGGUGCUGCGGCUGCUUAAGCGUUUCUCUCAGCUAAGCGACGAAUGCAGGAGGUCUCUGGAGGUGCUUUGCCCGGAGGAGUUUGAUAAGGGGAAGGGGAAGGCGGCGGUUACAGGGGGCGGGGGAGGGACUGGGGAAGUGGGGGUGGAAGGGGGAGCAAGGGCAGGAGGAGCAGGUGUGGGAGGUGGGGACGGUGUGGGAAUAGGGAGCAGUGAGAUAAAGGUUGGAGAGAAUGGGAGGGGAAGUGAUGGUGGUGGUGCGGGUGGUGAGGAGAAGGGAGAGGGUGGGCCGUUGAGUGAAGCUGAUGCGAAGAAGGCGUUUGCUCGAGCAAGGCAGCAAGCGCUGCUGAAAUCUCGUCUUGUGGGUCUCUCCAACCGUUUCUCCCCCACCUGGCAACACGGUUCUCAUGCCCCUGCUGCCCCUGCUGCCCCGCCUACUGCCACCCACACUGCUGGUGUUGGUGUAACUGGUGCAGGGGGGACUGGGGCAGGUGCGACUGGGGCAGGGGCCACUGGAGGGCAGCAGCAGCAGGGUUUGGGGCAAGCGGUGAUUGUGCUGGGGGGAGCACGUACCGCUGCUGCAGCUGCUGCCCCUGGUGGGGGGACGGCAGCGGGAGCGGGGAUGGGGAUAGGGGCAGGGGCAGGGGCAGGGGGGGGGCCCAGGGGCGAGUGGCAGGUGGAUGGGGAGGAUCUGAUGGACAUUCUGCAGCAGGAACUACCGGGGGAGGUGCGAUUCACGACUACUAUAGUCACAGGGGAGGGGUGGCCGGGUGUGGAAGGGGGUGGGGAUGGGUUAGGAGUGGGGUUGGGGCCUGGUGGGGUGGGGGGAACGGGCAGGGGGGAGAGGGGAGUGGGAGAGAGGGGAGGAGGGGGUGUGGAAGGGGCGGUUGCAGGAGAGGGCGGGGGAGGGCAGGGGGACGAACGGGUGACUGAGGGGCGAGGAGGGGAAGGAGGGGAAAUAGGGGUGGGAGCGAGCGAGGAGGAGACAAGAGAAGAGGAUGAGGAUGAUGAGGAGGAAGAGGAGGAAGAGGGAGAGGAAGGGGGGGAGGAGGAGGGGGAGGAUGAGAUGAUGGAUGGGCAGGGGUUGCUGCUGCUGGGGGAGGAAGAGAUGGGAGAGGCGGGGGCAGAAAUGUUCUCAGAUACCGAUGAUGACGACACUGGUGAUGAUGAUGGUGAUGGUAGGAAUGGGGAUGAUGGGGAUGAUGCGCAGGAGGAGGGUGCUGGUGCUGGUGCUGGUGCUGGUGCUGGUGCUGGUGGGGAUGGCGAUGCGGAUGAGGUGAUGCAAGAUGCUGCGAGUCAGGGGCUGGAAGAGGAUGGGGAUGAGGGGCAGCAACGGGGGGGACCACGGGAGCAGCAAGAUGGGCAGACCCAAGGGUACUUCUCAAGUCUCUACCAGAGGUAUCUGAGUGGUUCUUUCUACGAGGGCUCAUCAGUGGUGGACCCGGAAGCGGGCGAGUUCCUGUGUCCCGUGUGCCGCCGUCUCGCCAACGCCACGCUUCCUCUGCUCCCAUCACGCUCCCCGCCUCUGCCCUCCCCACUGCUCCCCUCGCUUCCCCUCCCAAUUUCUCUGCCCUCUCCUCCCCUCCCUGGAGCUCCCCUCUCCACCCCCCUUGCUGCGUCUGCUGAGACACAAGGACGGGCACAUGAAGCAGUGCAGAUUGGAGCAGCAACAGCAGGAGAAGCAGCAGUGCCGAGAGUAGCAGCAGGAGAGACUGGAAUGCAUGGUUCAGAAGACACGUCAAGUGGUGCGUCUGGUUUGGCUGGUGUAGUGUGGAGAAUAAGGGAGGCGGAGAGCAGGGUGAGAGAACGUAAUCUCCGAGCCUGCAUCGUUGCCGAACCUGCUGUCAGGUCCGGGGAAGGCAGGCUCGGCACCAGAGCUGCGUCAAGGAGAGAUUCAAGUGGUGGGACCAUGAUGAGCAGCACUGAUGGCAUAAUUAGGGGUGGCUCCUCUUUCCCUAGAGAAACAGGUACCGUGGUAACGGGUAAUGCGGUAACCGGUAGCGCGGUAAUUACCCCUCAAGACAUGGUAACCAGACAGCCUCCACGUAUGCAGGAGGCUAUAGAGGCCACAGCCAUGCGCAUCUGCCAGGUGGCACGCUCUGAUUCGUCGAGAUUCCGCCAUGUGGCGCUUGGCCGCGAGCUACAAGGCCUGCUGAUCUGGCAGAGUUUGGAGUACACCGUCGCCUGCGCUGAGCUGGCAGGGCGAGGGGCGCCACCUGGCUGUCCAGCUGGCAGAGUUGAUACGUCAGCACAGUUCUGGGGGCUGGGGGAGACAGCAGCAGCAAGGAUGAGGACAGGUGGCGCGAUGUGGUUGGCUACUGCUGAGGCAAGAGUUGCGGCAUUGGCUGCUUGUGCGGAGGAGGAAGGGGGGAAGGGGGAGUGGAUGGAGGGGAGGGCAGAGGGAGGGGGGAGUGGAAGUGCAAGCAUGGGUGAGCGUGAGCAAGAGAGAGGUGGGUCAGGCAGUGCGAUGCAAGUAGGGAGUGCAGGAGGCAUGGAGGCAGGAGGGGAUACCAGCAGUAGUGGUCAAUCGAGGGGUGAAGGAGGGAACAGCAUAGGAAGAGAGGUGGGCGGUGGUGAGGAGAGGAGCAGGGAUGGUGAAGGGAGGAGUGGCGGUGGGGAGGAGAGAGGUAGCAGUGAGACGAUGGACGAGGAGAGGAGACAUCAGGAGUGGAGGAGGCAGCUUAUAGAGAGGAUGCAAGGGGGUUCGCAAGCGGGGGGAAGGAAGAGGAAGGCGGAGGGCACAGUAGGAGCACUGGCUCGCCUGGCAGUGGCGCAGGCGUCUCACAGCACACAUGCUGUCUUACUCAGGACACGUGGCAUGCUGCUAUUGGUGGACAGCUUGGCCCCUGGGACACCGUUGGAAGCAGCACAAUCCGCUGCACCUCUUGUUGCAGCACAAGCCGUCCCUUCAUCUUGUUCUCCCCACCCCUCCCAUCCCUCCCACCCCUCCCACCCCUCCCACCCCUCCCACCCCUCCCGUCCCUCCUCCUCCUCUGCUUCCACAUCCACCUCCCCACCUCCCUCCCUCCCCUCCUCCCUCACCACCGCCCCAUCCCCAUCCUCUCCCCCGGAGGAAAACGCCUUUCUCCGCCUCCUCGCCUCCCCCGCUCUCGCGCGUGACCCCUUCCUCUCCCUCUCCCGCCUCCUCUACUGCCUCCUGCCGCUGCCCCUUCCCCACUUCGCCUCGCCUUCCCACCCAUCUCAACACACAGCUUCAGGUUCGAUGCAGCACAGAGCAUACAGUGAGGAGGGUACAGGGGGUGUGGUGAGGGACGCGGUGCAGCUGGCGUACACAGCAGCAGUGGCUCAGGCGCUGCUGCUCCUCGCCCCUGCUGCCAUCCGCCUGGGCAUGCUCCCCUCUCCUCUUCCUCUUGGCAGUGUCCUUAAUCAGGCAUCCUCAGGGCCUAAUAGCAUUCCUGAGCCCGCCCCUGCUCUGCCGCCGUUCCUCUCGUCUCUGAUCGCUUCCAUGCUGCACACGUUAGCUGCUGGUUCCCCGCCGUCUACCCCAGCGACAGAUGCUGCUGGUGCUGCUGCUACACCUGCAACCGUCACACCAUCAGCAGCAGCAGCAGAAAUACCACCAAUCCCCUUGCUCGCCACAUCUCCCUCCCACUCUGCCUCUACCCCCUCCUCCCCCUCUGCACCUCUCCUGCCGGACCUCCUCCUCCAGCAGACCUCGUUCCUGGAUGCCGUGCGUCGCCUCUCCCUGCCCUUCCUGCGCCGCUCCGCCCUCCUCCUGCACCUCCUCUCCCGCAACGUCCUCCCUCUGCUGCUCAUGCCCUCCGCUCCCUCCUUGCUCUUCCCCUCCCAACCGUCAACCAUCCCCUCCCACCCCUCAAUGUUCCCCCCCCCCCUCCUCCUCCCUUGCUGUGUGUCGUGUGCAUUGUGCCACCUGCUGCCUUUUGUGGUGCCUCCAAACUUCCAUUCACCUUCUCCACCCUCCUCUCCUCCCCCUUACAGCUAUGUGAAUGAACCGUGUGCAUCGUGCCAGCUAGUGCCGGAGCAGCCAGCCUUCUGCCUUCUCUGCGCAGCACUCCUCUGUGGAUCCACCAGUCGUGUGCAUGAGUCGAGGAGUGGGAGCACCAAGAGGGGCUGCUGUGGGGGGAGCUAUGCACAUGCCAAGGAGUGCGGGGCUGGCCUGGGGGUGUUCCUCCUCGUGCGGGGUCUAUUCCUGUGGGGGGAGCUACGCACAUGCCAAGGAGUGCGGGGCUGGCCUGGGGGUGUUCCUCCUCGUGCGGGUAUGUAUGGUGCGAGCAAGGCCAAGGCCAUGUACACGUGCAGUGAGCAAUUUCUCUCUGUCAUCAUCAUGGCAUGUACACGUGCACGCACUUCUGUGAUGCUGCUGCGCCGAAUGCGCUAUGCCGCAUGGCCUUCACCCUAUCUUGACGCAUAUGGUGAAGAGGAUGAGAACCUUCGGCGUGGGAAGCCACUGUAUCUCAGCACCGACCGCUUCCACACCCUCCAAUCCAUGGUGGCAUGUCAUGGGGUGGAUCAUAAUUCCCUCGUUCUCUCUCACUCCACGAGAGUACCCUUCUAG